AAAAGUUCUGCGAAGUGAGCGUCCAGUUGCCGUCACGACGGCGUCGUGCUUUCAGAUUACUUUAAAACCGCAUGUGAAGUGUGCUUAACAUUUCUUAAGGCCUACUUGGGAGCGAAGUCAAAAUUGAAAAUGGACGCAUAAAACAAAACAGAAACCAGGAUGCGAUUAUUCGUGGCGAUUACUUUUCAAACUCUUCUAAUAAGUUGGACUGCGUUCGGCUGCGACUUGGAGCGGUUUCACUUGGAAAAACAAGUAAGCGUCGAAGAGAACGCAGCUUCAGCGGAUAUUGUGUUUCGGGGGUUCAGAAUAGCCGUCGCGACGCCGCCUUCCAAUGAUCUAGGAGGCGUCCGUCUCUCAGCCUACUUUAACUUAGUAAACACUUACAAAGGAGUCGAUCAGCUUAAAGCUCGCAUCGGCUACGUAUUUAGGCAAAUAAACGUUACUUUUGUAACCAGACCCUCGACCGAGUGUAUCCAAGCCAAUGACAUCCCGAGAGAAUACAUUAUAUUCGCAAACGUCGUGGAUGACAAUGUACAAGCUUCUUCUAUGGCGACAUGGGAUGAAAAUACUGACGAAAGAAUCUGGAAAAUAUUGGGAUGGAGCAAAUGGAGUGAAUGGACAGCUUGCAGCGUGUCCUGCUCCUCGGGCAUUCAACAACGGUUCCGCCGAUGUCGUUCACCUAAAUGUUCUGGCUUUAAUGUGGAACAAAGACACUGUAAUUUAUUCGGAUGUGAUGGGACAUUAAAUCCUCUAGCGUUAAAGGAAGAACAGUUUUACCAUCCUUCAAAGGAUAGAUGGAAAAAGGUGGCAGAUAGGCCGACAGCAUGGAAAUUACGUCCAAAUUCCUACAUAUGGAUUCCGUCAUCUGAGCUUGUUGCAAACCAAAAACAAAUUUUUCCAAGAGAUUUUACUUUGUUUAUUACUCUUCGUGUUGAGAAGGACGCAAUGGGGACGAUUUUUAGCUUGCGUUCCAGGAAUCGCCAGGACAGCUAUUUGUCACUCGAAGUUUCCGGGUCCGAUCUCAAAUUAAUUCAUGCGGCAUCCAACGGAACCGACUUCAUUCGAAUACCGACUAAGUUAAUUGGUGGUCAGUGGCAUCAGAUUGCAAUAAGCAUAAGAGACGAAAGUGUCGUAAACAGUUAUUCGGACUGUGAAUGGUUGGGAACAGACAUUUUGAAGGCUGGGACUUUAAAAAUUCCUGAAAAUUCUGAUGUUAUUGUCGGAUAUUUAUUUACUGGGGAUCUGGAACAGCUGUUGAUUGUAUCUAAUCCGGAUAUAGUAAAUUUACAGUGUUCUCGUCAACGUACACCAAUAACAGAUCAAAAUCUCUAAUUUAUUAAGAAAUAUUAA